UAAUUGAUCAAUUAUCUGUCACCGUCACAAUCACCAUCAUCUAAAAUUUAAUCCUCUGCCAUCCCGCGAUCCCUACUUCACCAUUCUCCAAUCCGACUCAAAUCAUCAACCCCAUCCGCAUCCAAAGAUGAACGACGCCGAUGUAUCCAAGCAGAUCCAGCAGAUGGUCUGCUUCAUCCGCCAAGAAGCGGAGGAGAAGGCCAACGAGAUCUCCGUCUCUGCCGAGGAAGAAUUCAAUAUUGAGAAGUUGCAGCUGGUAGAAGCCGAGAAGAAGAAGAUCAGACAAGAGUAUGAGCGCAAAGACAAACAAGUCCAAGUUCGGAAGAAGAUUGAGUACUCUAUGCAACUGAAUGCUUCUCGGCUCAAGGUUCUUCAGGCUCAGGAUGAUCUAGUCAAUUCCAUGAAGGAGUCUGCAUCGAAGGAGCUUUUGAACAUUGGUGUUGACCAGCAAAACUACGAGCUACUCCUCAAGGAUCUCGUUGUUCAGGGUUUGCUGAGGCUGAAAGAGCCAUCUGUGUUAUUGCGCUGUCGUAAAGAUGACUUGCAGUAUGUGGAGUCCAUCCUUGACACAGCAAAGGAGGAAUAUGCCAAUAAGGCAAACGUUCAUUCUCCUGAGAUUGUUAUUGACCAAGUCCACCUUCCACCUGCUCCUUCUCAUCAAAAUGCUCAUGAUCGUUUCUGUUCUGGAGGCGUAGUUUUGGCUUCUAGAGAUGGGAAAAUUGUGUUUGAGAACUCCCUUGAUGCUAGACUGGAGGUUGUAUUCCGGAAAAAGCUACCAGAGAUACGCAAGAGCCUAUUUGGUCAGGUUGCUGCAUCUGCAUGAUGGUUGAUAUCUUAAUCUAAUUUCCAUCUUGCGUUGGUUUUCAGUCAUUACAAGCUUGUUUUGGAUGUUCUUGAUUCUGAGUAUAUUGAGAGCCUGCUUUCCUUUCCGGCUUCCCCUUUCUCCCCCAAAAUAUCUUACUAUUCGAAGGCAUUGAAAUUUAAGCUGUAUCUGUAUUCCAUCAUCAAUAAGGUGGAGACCAACGAUUUGUUGAAUAUAUAAAAUAAACAAUAUUGGGAGACGAUGGUCUUUAAAUUAAUUGAGUAUGAAUGAUAAUGUUCCUUGUUCGCUUGCA